GCUAUUUGUUCGCCGGCUGUUUUAAAUGCACUUCCACAAGCAACAGUUGAUUUAAUUCAUCAAAGUUAUGUACAUAAUAAUCCUGGACCUGUUCAAACCUUGAAUUUAGAAGGAUUAGAUUACUUAUUACGAUAUGCAAGUAGUAUGUUCGAUAAACAUUUGAAAUCUCAACCUCAAACCACGACUACAUCCAUUGAAACUGCGGAAAUUGACGAAAAACUUUUACCACCAAUAGAUGAAAGUAGUGGUUAUUACAUGCCACUGUACAUGGCUUAUGAAGACGAUAAAAUUGAUGGAAAAAGUAAGCACUUGUUAAAAAUAUCUCCUCCAGAAAAAUCAAACGAACCUAACUAUUAUUCGGCUAAACCGAAAAAAGUACCAAAGAAAUAUUCUUCAACAGUGAAACAUGUAAAUAUCAAAAGGGAAGCUAUUCCUGAAAAAAAUCUCAAAGAAGAGUUGUCUUCGACUACUGAGUUCGUCGCUCCAAAAAUGUCUUACGACUGGAUCCCAAUUGUAGGAACAAAUCAUAAAAAUUCAAGAGGAAACUACGAUAUUAUUUAUGGGGCUUACGAAAAUGUUGAUUUGCAUCCCCCUGUACCGGAAACAGAUAACAACCAACAAGAUACAGUGAAGUCAAAAGUAAAAAAAGUAAAAUCUAGAUCAAGAAGGGAUGUGUACGAUAUUCUCUCCAAAAAUGAAAGAUUGCAAUAUCAAAUGCAUGGAUUUGGCGGACCAAAAACUUAUAAAUUUGGAUAUGAUACUGGUAAAGGAAAAGACCGGCACUUCCGAUUUGAGGAACGAAGAAAUGAUGGAAGCAUAAAAGGUGAAUACGGUUUCGUAGAUGAUAGUGGAAAAAUGAGUGUUGUAAGAUAUUCUUCUAAUGCAGAAACAGGUUUUCAAGUGCAACAUUAAUAUUUUAAGUAAAAACUGUAGAUAUGAGUAAAAAUAUGUGUAUAAAAUAUACAUUUAUUGUUAAUUUUUUGUUAACCUGCAAUUUAACUAGAUUUGUAAGAAAGAUAUAAUAAAAUUUGUAGUA